AUGUCUGGCCAACGCCAAAAGAUCAUCAUUAAGGUAUUCCGCAAGUACAGCCAUUCGUUGGGUCCGGAAGCCCUGGAAUUUCUGGAAGAAAUAUUGGAUCAACAUGAGAUUGCUGAUGGGGACGUUGAAUAUUCCAUUGAAUGGAUCGCCAAGGAAUAUAAUAAACAAGAUGACGCACAGAUGAAGGUCUCCGUCGAUGUUCUUCAGAGAGUUUAUGAAGCAUUUCAAGGCUCAGGAGACAGUCAUAGCCAAGAACAUGAACUUCUCGACCCAGAAAGCCACAUGUUUGUAGUGAACGCGUUUGAUAUGCCACUGUGGCAUUGGUCACAUGAAAGGAGUACAUUCGAGAGAGCAGCGGGCCCGCUCACAGUAUCCGGCUCUGCAGACUCUCGAGUCUUGGCAAUGCGCAAUAGACUCAACAUUAUCAAGCAGUCCAUCCUUCGAAACGAUCACUUCUCUCCUUCAACUCUUCCAUCUCGUGACAGAGAGCAUCUUUUGACGCUAAGAUCCACAAAACAAUUACUGGGCCGCGCUGGAGAACGAUUCCUUCUCUUCGGAAUGCUAGCUCAUAAUAAAGAAGGCAAACUCUGUUUAGAAGACCAAGAUGGUUUCGUGGAACUUGAUUUCUCACAACUUGACCAGCCAAGCGAAGGUCUAUUUACCGAAGGAUGCUUUGCCCUUGUGGAAGGGGAAUAUUCAGAAGACGCCACACUCAUUGUAAUAGCCAUUGGCCACCCUCCUUGCGAAAGCCGGGAAGCUGCACGAUCAAUCUUCGGCCACGUCGACUUUCUAGGCAAAGGGGCCACAACACUCCUCGAAGAUACGCAACUUGCUGCCCGCGUCAGACUCGACCUUGCCGAUUUGCGCUUCUUUGUGCUGUCAGAUGUUUGGCUAGAUCAUCCAGACACGCUCAGCGGUCUACGCAAGAUGUUCGACAACUGCAUGGAGAACAGCUUCGUUCCAAAAGUGAUGGUGUUUUGUGGCAAUUUUAGCAGUCGAGGGAUUCCGCAAGGCGACAGCAGAGAGGCACGAAAAUUCCAAGACAAUUUGGACACCCUAGCCGACUUGAUUGCAUCGUAUCCGCUUAUCACGCGUACCACACACUUCGUCUUUGUACCGGGUCCGUUAGACGUGGCCGUCAACUCCAUCUUGCCUCGACGCCCAUUGUUGUCCGCUUUCGUCUCGCGUUUGAAAUCCCGUGUGCCAAAAGUGCACUUGGCAAGCAACCCGUGUCGCAUAAAGUUCUUUGAACAAGAGAUAGUCAUCUUCAGAGAGAACCUGAUGGCAAAAAUGUUGCGGAACCUAGUUGGCGUCAAGCAAAAUGUCAAGAAUGAUGAUUUAAAGCGUUAUCUUGUUCAAACUAUACUUGACCAGAGCCAUUUGGUACCACUCACCAUAUCCAUCCAGCCUGUUCAGCCCGACUUCGAUCACACACUGCGGUUGUAUCCGCUUCCUACUGCGGUGGUACUCGCAGAUAAGUACGACAGGUUCCAGAUGACUUACGAGGGCUGUCACGUAUUCAAUCCUGGAAGUUUUGUUGGAGGUAAUUCAUUCACAUUCUCUGCCUACACGCCAUCACGCAGGGAGUCUGAAGAGUGGUGA